AUGGAUGAGACUACGUCGUCUCUUCCAAAAGACUACCUCGAAAGAGUCUAUGCCGGUGUCCUUGGCAAGCUGAUAGGGGUAUACAUGGGUCGUCCGUUCGAGGGAUGGACGCAUCAGCGUAUCCUCGCCGAGUUAGGACAUAUCCGGUACUAUGUCAACGAAAAGCUAAAGCUCCCUAUAGUUGUUACGGAUGACGACAUCUCCGGCACCUUUACAUUCGUGAGGGCGCUAGAGGAACAUUAUACUCGCUGUCGUGACCCUAUUCAGCAUCAGGAAAGCCACGAUGAGAACGAAGACAGGAUGGAAAUCACAGAAACCCUAGAAACAACAGAAGCCUCUGAAACUUCAGGAACCCCGAGCAUCCCAAACAUAACACCCCCUAGCACCCCAGGUAUCACACAAGAGAAAAUAAUUAGUGCUGAACAGGUCGGCAAGACGUGGCUCAAUAAUGUGAUCAAAGACCACACAGUUUUCUGGUGGGGUGGCAACGGUAUAUCGACUGAGCAUACGGCUUUCCUAAACCUACGAAAGGGAAUCAAGGCACCCCACAGCGGCUCGAUACAGACAAACGGCCGUACUAUUGCCCAGCAGAUCGGCGCUCAAAUCUUUAUUGAUGGAUUUGCCAUGACGGCACCGGGAAAUCCAGCUUUAGCUGCUCAGCUCGCAGGAGCAGCGGGCUCGGUGAGCCACGAUGGAGAAGCCGUAUAUGCAGCUCAGCUAUGGGCGGCUAUGGAGGCCGAAGCAUUUGCCUCAAAGGAUGUGAAUCAUCUAUUAAAUACCGGACUUAGCUUCGUGCCCUCGGACUCGCUUAUAGCCGCAUUGGUUAGAGACGUGCGUGCGUGGUGCGAAGACGACGACGAUUGGAUAUACACGCGGCAAAGGAUCGAGAAGAAAUACGGGUACGACAAGUUUCCGGGAUUCUGCCACGUAGUACCCAACCACGGAAUCAUGAUCAUGUCACUAAUAUACGGGGGUCAUGACUUCGCUGAAGCCAUGCAUAUUGUGAAUACAUGCGGUUGGGAUACGGAUUGUAACUCGGGGAAUGUUGGAUGCUUAGUUGCUAUCAUGCAUGGGUUAGAAGCGCUCGAUUCCAGUAAAAAUAAUAAAGGAAAAAAUCUUGACUGGAGAGGACCGUUGGACGAUCGUGCUUGGAUCUCGAGCGCAGACGGCGGAUACUCUAUGAAUAACGCUACGAAUAUCGCUUAUAGCAUUGCAAAUAUGGGCCGGAAGCUUGUAGGAGAAGAAGCUCUCGCGUCCCCGAAGGAAGGCGCACAGUUUCACUUCAGUCUACCAGGGAGCCUCCAGGGGUUCCAAAUCAUGAAAGAAAAUACCUACUGCGGGAUACUAGGUAUCAAGCAAGGCACCAUCGACAAUAAAAGAACCGGUCUCGAAAUUCGACUUCCAAGAAAUGACGACAUGUCAUAUGUGAUGACAGCUACUUUUAUAACGCCUGAAAUUACGCCGAUGUGUCUCUACGAGCUAGUAGCCUCACCCUUAAUAUACCCAGGCCAGGUCAUUAGUGCAUCCAUAUACACCAAGAAUUGUCCAAGUUCGGUAUGUUUAGUAGUAAAAGCAUAUACGCACAAGGAUGAACUCAAGACCUUAUCUAGUGCUCCUGUUUAUCCCGAACUGAAUAGCCCUAAUGUCUUGAAAUGGAGAGUUCCAGUAAAUAUACGCUGUCAACCAAUUCAGGCCGUGGGUAUAGCUAUAUCCAGCAAGAGAAACCUCUCCACAAACGAAAGUGAAGAGGAGGGUAUAUGGCUAGAAUAUCUGCGAUGGGAUGGCACGCCAGCUCUCGUCCUUGAACCAGGCAACUACCGAGAUGGGCCCCGGACCUUCUACAAGAGGUCCUUCGUCAAUGGCGCCGACGUGUUCUCCCUUUCUAGCGGUACAUUCGCGGUAGCCCAGGAUCAAGGCGAAGGCAUCGUCAGCUACGGCACGCGAGACUGGACAAAUUACAGGGCCAUAUUCAGGGACUUUGUUGUGAAUAUCGGCGGACCAGCCGGCGUUGCGGCCCGGGUACGAGGGUUGAAUAGAUACUACGCACUUCUUUUCUAUAAGGGCACUGCCAAUAUCAGCGGUUCCAAGAAGCGUAUAGCGCUUGUCAAAGCCCUUGAUUACGAGCGCAUUGAACUAGCUAGCGUGGAAUUCGACUGGCAGUACGAUAUACCAUAUACCGUGACUCUCAAAGUGUCAGGCGACUUGUUGUAUGCCCGAGUCGGCAAAACCGAGCUCUCGGCACGCGAUGCGCAGUACCCCGGCGGUGGAAUCGGAAUGGUGGUGACUGACGGCUCGAUACUAGUGGGAAGUAUUAAAAUUGGCCCCUUGAUAUAA